AUGGCAGUUUAUGUCGAUAUUGGCGGUUUUCAGCAAAACGUGAAGCGUGCUGCGACGGACGGCGCAUUGGCCUUGGAAGCCACUCGAGCACAAGUGACCUUACACUUCCUCAUCAAUGAUGUGUUCAUGACUUUUUUCUUCGGCAUAGCAAUGGUUGAGAUAGUCGUGGCUGUAUUGCCUGGGGGCUCAUUGUCUCCAGUGAAGAAGGCUAUCGUACCAUUAAUGGGUACGCUAGGUGGAAUACUCGGUCCUAUUACGGUCUUUUUCGUCCUAAUGUUAACCAUGAACGCCCUAGGUGGAUUUGAUAGCUCCCCACACGACUUGUCGGAUCUCCUCAAUGGUUGGGGUAUCGUUGUAGCGACGGACAUCUCCAUCGCGUGGCUGGUGGCUUCAUUCGUAUUUGGUGGUGGACAUGCUGCUAUCCGUUUCCUCUUACUUUUGGCUGUUGCGGAUGAUGUUGGAGGCGUGCUUAUUAUCGCCUUCUUCUACCCUUCAGAUCAUAAACCGGAGUUCAUGUAUCUGCUAUUGUGUGUGGCAGGGUGUGCAGUGGCGUUCCUUAUUCGUACGUUGAAGCUUAAGCACUGGGCAUGGUACGUGUUCCUAGGUGGUCCUCUGGUAUGGUAUGGUCUAUUGGAGGCAUCUGUUCACGCCUCUCUGGCCCUCUGUCUUAUUGUCCCCUUCAUGCCUAAGGAGAUAGACACCAGUGAACCCAACUUCUUCGUUAAACUGUGGCGUAGAUGGCGCAAUAAUAGGAACGUUGAGGAGAACACGAAGACUGGAUCAAGUGGGAGUGCGUGUUCACAGACGUGUGAGUCAUCGACGGGCGUUGUAGACGGCCCCUUGGAGAAGUUCGAUCACGACUGCGCCUUUUUUGUACAUUGUGGGCUUUUCUUUUUCGCCCUGGCAAAUGCCGGUGUUAAGUUUGGUGGAGAAUCUAUCGGUCUAAUCACGUUGGCUAUCACAGUCUCCCUAAUUGUUGGUAAAACUGUAGGGAUUUUCGUCUUUGGGUGGAUUGCGAGCACUGUGUUUAAAUUUGGUCUACCCGAUGGUAUGACAGUUAAGCACCUGUUCGUAGUUGGUAUCAUCUCAGGAGUAGGCCUGACUGUUGCUCUUUUCGUGGCUCAAUCGGCGUACACCCAGCCGGACCUGUUAGCCCAGGCGAAAUUGGGAGCUCUACUGUCUGCUGUUUGUGCUCCUAUUGCGAUAGUCACAGGAAGACUAUUCCGAAUCGUUAGGGUAGCUGCUGGGGAAUCAUCCACCAGCAAAUGAACACCUACUUAGAGUGACAGUAAGAAGCGUUAGAUUUUCCCAUUUCGCAGGGUUCGAUCACAUCGUGGUGUGUUUGUAGUGUCGUCUUGGUCGUGAUAGUUGCCUAUUUGUCUGUUGUUGUUGAUAUCGUUCGAAUUGUGAGGUGUGAAGGAUAGCUCGUCUAUGUUGAUCGCCUCCGUAUCAGUGUAUAAAGAUCCUGAUAAUUGUCACGAACUGAGACAUGUCAUACCACUUCUGCGUCAACUUGUCUAUGUUUUCUCAUAAUCAUCUUAUUGGUUUCACAGCACUUCUGUAGAGUUCGUCAUGGUCCAUUGGAGCGAUUACUGC